AUGUCUGACGCUAAAGAAGAAACCAAACCAGUUGCCACUGCCACUGAAGAAGCUAAGCCAACUGCUGCCACCACCCAAAACCCUCCAACUGCUAAUGUCUUCUCCAUGUUUGGUGGCGCUUCUAAAAAGAAGGAAGUGAAAGAAGAUGAUGAAGAGAAAAAAGAUGAGAAAAAAGAUGGUGAAGCUGCUGCUGAAGGUGAUGAUGCUCCAGAAUCUCCAGAUGUUCAUUUCGAACCAUUAGUCCAUUUAGAAAAAGUUGAUGUUAAAACAAAUGAAGAAAAUGAAGAAGUUUUAUUUAAAGUUCGUGCUAAAUUAUUCAGAUUCCAUCCAGAUUCAAAAGAAUGGAAAGAAAGAGGUGUAGGUGAUGUUAAAUUCUUACAACAUAAAGAAACUAAAAAAGUUCGUAUCUUGAUGAGAAGAGAUAAAACUUUGAAAAUUUGUGCAAAUCAUUUCAUUAGUCCAGAAUAUCAAUUAAAACCAAAUGUUGGUUCUGAUAGAUCAUGGGUUUAUAACGUUACUGCUGAUGUUUCUGAAGGUGAACCUGAAGCUCAAACUUUAGCCAUUAGAUUUGGUAAUAAAGAAAAUGCUGAUAAAUUCAAAGAAACUUUUGAAAAAGCUCAAGAAUCAAACAAAAAAUAA